AUGAAAUUCUCCCUUGCUGUUAUUAUAUCCUGCAUGGCUGUCCCCACUGUGCAUGCCAUCCCUGCGACCAAAGUAUCAAUUGCACCUGCUGCAACAACAUCCUCUGUCCCUCCAGCCCAGGCAUUUGCGCUUGUCAUAAACGACCUGGAGACGCUCGGAGGUCUCUUCACCAAAAUAGUUUCAGACGCCUCCAGUAUUCCUAGAUCUGGAAUUCAAGCCAUAGAUGCAACCCAUGCGGAUGCAGAGGCCAUUCACCUUUUCUUCGAGGACGCCAACACCAAUCUUAAUGAACUUCCCCCCGGGAGUCUUGUCUCGUCUCAAACUGAAGAAAUCCUAGAGUUGUACAGUGGACUUGUUAAUGGAAUUCUCUCUUACUUGAAUUCAGUCGCCCAGAAUGCGGAUUUCUUCAAGACCUUAAGCGGUACCUCCACAAUCACGACUGAUUUGUUAAACUCGGCUGCCUCAUGUGAACAGUUUGAAUCAGCUCUGAUAACAGCGUCUUCGACUAAUAUUCAAGUGACGAGCCAAAUUAUUCAGACAUUCAGACCGGUUGAUGAAGCCAGGCAAUCAGCGCUAGAUGCACUGUCAGAACUUUGA